GCGGGGUGAGGUGAAGAGCAGGGCUCCCCGGGGAGCCGGCCCCAGAAUCUGGGGGCCAUGGCGGAGCUGCAGCAGCUACAGGAGUUCGAGAUCCCCACGGGCCGGGAGGCUCUGCGGGGCAACCACAGCGCCCUACUCCGGGUGGCCGACUACUGUGAGAACAACUACGUAGAGGCUGCAGACAAGCGUAAGGCACUGGAGGAGACCAUGGCCUUCACCACCCAGGCACUGGCCAGCGUGGCUUACCAGGUGGGCAACCUGGCGGGACACACUCUGCGCAUGUUGGACCUUCAGGCAGCUGGCCUACGGCAGGUGGAAGCCCGAGUGAGCAUGCUGGGCCAGAUGGUGAACAUACACAAGGACAAAGUGGCCCGCAGGGAGAUCGGCACCCUAGCCAUGGUUCAACGGCUGCCCCCCGGCCAGAAAAUCAUCGCACCUGAGAGCUUGCCUACCCUCACGCCCUACUACAGGAAACCCCUCAACUUUGCCUGCCUGGAUGAUAUUGGCCAUGGGAUCAAGGAUCUGAGCACGCAGCUGUCACGGACAGGGACCCUGUCUCGAAAGAGCAUCAAGACGCCUGUUACACCCACCAUCAGCACCCUGGGGCGAGCGCCCCGCAUGCCGGAGCGGGUGCAGCUCCCAGUGGUACCUGACGGCAAACUCUCAGCCGCCUCCUCGGUCUCUUCCUUGGCCUCGGCUGGUAGCGCCGAUGGUGGGGUUUUCCCGGCCAAGGGACAGGUGGCACCUCCACCCCCAGCUCUUCCCAGCUCCACGGCCCCACCACCACCACCUGCUCCUGCCUUGCUGCUGCCCCCUGUGCCCCAGGAACUGGCGCCGCCCCUGCCAGACUUGGAACUGCCUCCACCUCUGGACCUGCCUCCACCACCACCCUUGGACAGCGACAAUGGAUUGGGUGAUGGAUUCGAUGGGCUGCCUCCACCCCCGCCAGGCUUUGAGAAUGAAGAGCCCAGCUGGGCCCCAGCUUCAUAUUUGGAGAAAGUGGUGACAUUGUACCCAUACACCGCUCAGAAGGAGAACGAGCUCUCCUUCUCGGAGGGGACUGUCAUCUGCAUCACCCGACGGUACUCUGAUGGCUGGUGUGAAGGUGUCAGCUCUGAGGGAACUGGAUUCUUCCCUGGGAACUAUGUGGAACCCAGCUGCUGACUGCUGAGGCUCUCUGUGCAGUAGACUCCGGGCUCUCCCCUGCCUGAGUCCUAGCCCAAAGGCAGCUCCAAAGCUCAAGCUGGACCUGUCUUGCUCACCUGAGUCUGCUGUUUUGGUG